AUGGCAGAGAAACCGAAGUUUGAGUUAAAUAAAGAACACAUUAAUAUUACCACUAUUGGUCACGUUGACCACGGCAAGACCACUUUAAGUGCGGCGAUUACUAAAUACGCUGCUAGCAAAGAAAUUGAUAGAGCACCCGAAGAAAAAGCCCGAGGAAUUACUAUCAAUGCUGCCCACUUGGAACUGGAAACCCAAACGAGACAUUAUUCUUUAACUGAUUGUCCCGGACACGCCGAUUACGUCAAAAAUAUGAUUACCGGAGCUUCCCAAGCCGACGGAGGCAUUUUGGUCGUAGCUGCCACGGACGGAGCAAUGCCCCAAACCAAGGAGCAUUUGCGUUUAGCUCGGCAAAUUGGCAUUAAACACUUGGUAGUUUUCAUUAAUAAGGUAGAUGACGUUAGCGACCUUUCUUUUGUCGACUUAGUGGAAAUGGAAAUGCGUGAUUUGCUCAAUCAAUAUAAAUUUGACGGACAAAAAACUCCUUUUGUUAAAGGUUCAGCUUUAUCGGCUUUGGAAGGAAAAAAUCCAGAAAUUGGCGAACAAAGAAUCGAAGAAUUAUUAAAUACUAUUGAUCAAUAUAUUCCUAAUCCAGUACGCGAUAUUUCUAAGCCUUUCUUAAUGCCAAUUGGCAAAGCGGAAACAAAAACUGGUUUAGGAACCAUCGCCACUGGUAAUGUUCUCCGCGGAAAAUUAAAGUUAGAACCCCGGGGAACAAACGUGGAAAUUGUGGGACUUGGUCCAACUACUAGUGCCGUAGCUACCGGAAUUGAAAUGUUUCAUAAAUCAUUAAGCGAAGCCUUACCAGGCUACGAUAUUGGGGUGCUUCUACGGGGUAUCAAACGGGAGCAAAUUCGUCGCGGGCAAGUUCUCGCCGCUCCCGGAACAAUUAAAGCUCACGCUAAAUUCGAAGCUACUGCUUAUAUCCUAACCAAAGAAGAAGGUGGACGACACACUCCCUUUGGUGGUAGCGACAAAGAAGGUAAAAAAGCCAAAAGCGGGAAAGAAUACCGUCCGCAGUUUCAUUUUCACACAGCGGAUGUUACUGGUAGUAUUUCCUCGCCAAAAAAUCCCCAAACUGGCGAAUUAGUGGAAAUGGUAAUGCCGGGAGAUAACAUUAACUUUACGGUGGAACUAGGUAGUCCGGUUGCCAUUGAAAAUAAUACUCGCUUUUCCAUUCGGGAAGUCAAAAAUUUUACCAAAAGAUUUGGGUAUAAAACGGUUGUCAAUAAUGCUUCUUUCCGAGUAAAAAGAGGAAGCAUUCACGGCUUUAUUGGUCCUAAUGGUGCCGGCAAAAGCACUACCCUUAAUGCUCUUAUGGGCUUAGUCAUCAGCAGUGGCGGGGAACUAUUGAUUGAAGAAAAAAAAGUAAUUACUGACCCGAAUUUUAACGCCAAUGUUGGUUAUGUUCCGGCCGAACCCCUUUUUCCGCGGAACAUGAAAGUAAAAAGUUUCAUUGAAUUUUGUGGUCUUUUGCGGGAUAUUCCUGCUUCCCAAGUGGGUCAAAAAUUAAAUUCUUCCUCUUUAAACAGCCUUUUAAUGGCCUUGACCCGACUAAAAGAACAUGGCCUUGACCCGACUAAAAGAACUUUACUUGCCAAUAAAAUCAAAGAAGUAAGAAGUCAAGGAGGCACGAUUUUAAUGUCAACUCAUAUUUUAUCCGAUUUACAAGAAUUAGCCGACGAAAUUACCAUGAUUAAAAACGGAAAAAUUGUCUAUACCGGACUAAAAACGGACGACAUUCAAAGAACUUAUGAGCAAUAUUUCGUCCAGGAUGAUAAAAAAAAUAAUCCAAAAAAAGUAACAGUUAAGUAUAAAGGUCCAAAAGAUACCGAAAAGAGAACAUUUGAAUUAGAAGUUAAAGACGAAGAGCAAACAGUCGAUAACGAAAAGUUCAAAAAUGUUAAGAGCAAUCCAUUUAGAACUAGUUAUGAAAUAUAUGUAGGAGGCUCGGAUGAUAAAAGCGGGAAUGAUUGA